AUGUCGUCUCCAGUGCCUUAUACCAGCGAAGCUUGCUGCCAAAUCUCGCCCGUGAACAGUGCUUACCAGCCAAAGGGAGAAAAGAUUAAACUGGGAAAGUACGAUGAGGUCUAUGCCGUUGGCGACAAAUCGUCGUCGACAGUCGUCAUCAACAUCUUUGACAUCUUUGGAUUCUACCCACAGACCCAGCAAGGAGCCGACAUUAUCGCCGAAAAGCUGGGUGCCAGAGUCCUGAUGCCCGACUUUUUCUUCGGAAAGCCGUACCCACUUGACCAAUUCCCAGCAAAGACAGAGGAGCAAAAGAAAUUCUACCAAAACUUUUUCGCUACUACGGCUAGCUUUGGCAAUGUCAUGCCAGGCCUUCUCGACCUGGCAAAAGAACUCCGCGAACAAGGUGCUACCAAAGUGUUUGUGUAUGGAUUCUGCUGGGGUGGUAAAGUCGCUACGUUGUCUGGCUGCAAGACGACAGAGGUCGACGGCAAGACGAUUCCCAUCUUUGACGCCGUUGCGGCCAUUCACCCUGCAAUGAUGAGCGCAGAGGAUGGAAAGCACCUCCUUGUGCCGAUUGCCAUUUUCCCUUCUGGCGACGAGUCUGUGGACGAGUACAAGAAAUUGAUCGACGAGCUCAAGACCAAGCCUUGGGCCGACAAGAAUGCAUAUCGCGUCUAUUCAAACAUGCACCAUGGAUGGGCCGCGGCACGUGCAGACCUCGACAACGAGGAUAACAACCGAGAGUAUAUGGAUGUGUAUGGUCGCCUUGUGACCUUUUUCCAGAAUGCCUAG